UCCCAACAAAUACAAUCACGCUGUAUUAUUUUUAUUUUUAUUUUUAUUUUGAAUGGAUUUUUAUUAUUAUUGUUAUUUUGUAAGAAAAGAAAGCAUUUUUAAUAUACGUAUCGGUUCUCUGACCGUAUAAAGCAAGCAAAACCAAAAAAACAGUCUUUCAGAGCCGUCUCAACUCACAAAAGAGGAUACCCUUUCCUUCACUUUCCUUCUCUCUCUCUCUCUCUCUCUCUCUCUUCUCUCUCUCUCUUUCUUGUGUUUCUCUACGCUUUUCUACAUUACUUGCCUUUGGUGGUGAUUAGGUUCACUUGGAAAAAAGAAGAUAGAAAAGAAAAGGCAAAACUUUGUGUGUGUUUUCUUUUUUCUCUACUGAGGAGCCUGUGGGAAAGAGUUGGGCUCUUCUUCUUCUUCUCCUUCUACUUCUUUUUCCUGGUGGUUUUUGUUACCCAGAGUGAGAUAACGACAUGGAUAUGAUGUAUUACCAGUUAGCUAGGUCUUCUUCUGAAGAUUCCUUGAAGGUUUUGGAGGCUGAUAUACAGCAUGCGAAUGCACUUGCUGCUUCAAUUCCAAGAGCCAAGGGUGGUGUAUGUCUACAAAUGAAAUUGGUCUAUAAUAACUGGGCACCCCUCUUUCUAUUUUUGUUACAAUGGCUAGAUUGCUCUUGCACAUGUUUAUUGCCAAGAUAUCUAAAUUUUUACCACAUUCUUGUUUAUAAGGUAUAUACAGAUGGAAGGCCAAAAAUAUCAGCACAUGGAAGAAAAGCUAGUAUUAAAGACUUCUAUGCUGUUAUAUUGCCAUAUCUUCAGCGGCUCCACGCUGACUUGGGGGAUUUGGAUGAUGCUAAAAAAGGGCGUCUAAGCAUUGAGGUUUCAGCCAAGAAGAAAAGGGUCAAGUCAGAAGUUAAUCUUGCCAAUAUUGACAUGGAAAGAGAAGAUGAGUGUGGAAUUUGCUUGGAGCCUUGCACCAAAAUAGUCUUGCCCAAUUGCUGUCACGCAAUGUGCAUCAAAUGCUAUCGCAAUUGGAACACCAAAUCAGAAUCAUGCCCCUUCUGCCGUGGUAGUAUCAAGAGGGUUAAUUCAGAAGAUUUAUGGGUACUCACUUGUGAUGAUGAUGUGGUUGACAAUGAAACGGUUUCACAAGAGGAAUUGUUGAGGUUCUACCUCUAUAUUAACAGCCUUCCAAAAGUUCACCCUGAUGCCCUUUUCUUAGUAUACUAUGAAUAUCUAAUCUAAUCUGAUUGGAAGUAAAUGAAGAUGAAGAUGAUGAUGGUGGUGUUGGUGGUGGUGUACAGAGAGAAAAUGCCGACCCUCAAAUGUAAAUAGAGUCUGGUAAGGAAUGUCCUUUUGGAUUCUUUCAGGAAAAAUUACAGCUACCAUAGUAUGUAUGCUUGUUGAGCUUUUUUUAAGUAUUAGUGUGAGGUACCUUGUUUAGUAAUAUAUGAAAGGUUCUCACUUCUUGUACUAACUUGUUUCAAUUUCACCACUUUCAAUCAAAAAAAUAUGCAUUUAAUUGAAUAAUGCUAAUGAGAUAAGUUAUGGUUGAAA